AUACAGGUUUUAGAUUCCGUUAUGGAUAUGCGCAUUGAGCGACGCGAAAAUAACAAAACAAACCGCAAGUCAUAUAAGCAGCUUUAAGUGACUUAAUACACAAUACUGUGUUGCGUCCAUGCGCAUGUCUGGUCGGAAAACUUUACCAUUAGUAUUGUGCUUAUAUUAUUGUGAUACUGACUGACUUCUUUUUAUUUACCAGAUUAUUGUCUGGCAGUGACGUGUGUUUGUGAACAUUUGACAUUUUGACUGUAUCCAUUUACUGAAAAGACUUGCGACUGACAGCUGGAACCGGGAAUAUUCACAAUUCAUGCUACACAUAAAUUUUUCUUACCGGCACAAUUCCUGUAAAUUAUUCGUACAACUUUUGGCGGAGGCGUUGAGUCGUUGGUUCGGUUUAUUAAAUCACAAGGAAUGAACGUCAAUUUUUGUAUAUGUUUAUUACUAACGUUCGUAUGCCUCGUGUCGGGUAUCAUAUUAUGGAAUGCUCAUCGCCUCCUUGAAAGGCUUCUGGCCAAUGAUUUUGGGAAAGCCCGCCGCUGCGUGCCAAUAACCGUUCCGGCGGUGCAACGUUACCAGGAUAUCACAAACAGGAUGCGCAAUUUGGAGCAGCAAGUGCAAAGCUUACAGCAAAACAUUGAAUCUUUGGUGAUAUCCGGUGAGCGCGACCGUGUGAAUAGGGGAAUCUUGGAGCAUAUGGGCAAAAUCAGAAAAUUCCAAGUUGAUUGGAACGACGGAUUGUUUAAUGCCCUGGAGCAUUGGUCGGCUAAGAAAAUCAUUGGCGAUUCACAAAGAAACGCGCUUGAAGAACUGAAAAGCUAUGAAACAAAUUUUCUGUUAGUUCGUGCUUUUAUAGUGCAAAUUGUCAUAAUUAUUAUAUUUUACUCACGGUUUUCAAGCUAUUUAACUGAGCACUUGCAUACUCACACGAUUAGUUGAUAUCAUUAUUGCGAUUACAAAUACAAAUGUGUAGCUCGUAGUUCGGCUGCUAAAGCGCUCGCUACGUUCUCUGCGAAAUGUGCAUGAAGGCGCACGUACUGCCGUACUACAAAUGGAAACCACGAAAGUCCAAAACCGUUUGUUGGAUCUUCAGCAUCCGCAAAACUGUCGGAAGAAGAAGAAACUGAUUUGUAAUCUGAACAAAAAAUGUGGAUUCGGUUGCCAAAUCCACCAUGUCCUCAUGUGUCUGGUCGCCGCAGUGGCACUGAAUCGCACCAUGAUCUUGGUGUCCAGACCGUGGAACUACUCACCCAACGGCUGGGAGACAUUUUUUCUUCCUGUUACGCACUGUCAAGAAAAGAGCUUCGAUAUGGACACGCUGCCGGUAAUGAAUGUGUCGGAUCCGUUGACGCGCAGCCGGCAUAAGUUGCUGCUCUAUCCAUUCUUUCCGGAUCCUGAUCCACAGUGGUUGCCCUUUGCUCUCCCCGAUGAUUUCCCGGGAAUGGUGCACCGUGUCCACGAAAAUCCCAGCUUGUGGUGGAUUUCGCAAGGGCUGACGUAUCUCUGGAGACUGCAGCCAAACGUCUCGGAUUUGAUUAGGUUGCAGGCGGGAAAGGUCACCCCUGUUACUCCUUUUGUGGGAAUCCAUGUCAGACGAACGGAUAAAAUUCAAGCCGAGGCCAGGAUCUACGAUAUUUCUGAGUAUGCCAAGCUAGCCGACAAGUAUUGGGAUGAAAACAAUAUCACUAGUGCCGACCAAAAGCGCGUGUAUAUUGCUUCAGAUGAUCCCAGCGUGAUAAAGAAUUUUCGGGAGAGAUACGGGAAGAAUUAUACUGUUUAUUGUAAUGCCAAUGCAAGAAAACUGAAGCGAUACAGUGAGCCUUCGCUGCUUGACUUGCUAUACGAUGUUCACUUUUUAUCCAAAUCAGAGCAUCUUGUUUGCACUUUUUCGUCGCUGAUUUGCAAAAUGGCGUAUGAACUGAAGCAAACUUCUCGAGAUGAAUAUAAAUCCUUUGAUUCAUUGGAUCACCAUUACUGGCUACCGGGAUCCGGAGGACGAUUUUACUCAACAACUAUGGAUAACAUCAAAGAUUUACACUUUAGAAAAGGCGAUAUGCUGUUUGAUGUUCGCUCUUUAAAGAACGGUUUUGCAGUUGGUAGCAAUAUGCGUACAAAACUCAAUGGCACUUUUCCAUUUCAUAAAGUAGAGGAAUUGUUUUAUAAAGGAAACUAUACUUUGUUUUAAUAUGCGGAGAUAUAUGAACGACACAACUAAAAGGCUUCCCCCGGUUUCGCUAGUUCUUACUAUUUUUAAUAAGAUAAAGCGAUCUGAUUCCUCCAGAUGUUUGUAAA